AACACACUAAAACAGACUAGAGCUGAAAUUACAGCCAAAUCCAGAAGGUAGCAAACGUUAAAAUCAGUCGUUGUUAUCGUUUGACGUCAGUUGGCAAAAAUGUCCGAAGAAAACACAAUUUGUGUUGCUACAGAGGCUUCAGAGGAAAACACUGAAGGAUGUGAUUCUGGAGAGCCUGAGAUGCAGCAGGAGGCUGGAGGAGAACCUGAAAAACAGCAGCUUCCUGCAAACUUUUUCUACAAAUACGAGGAGCUUCACUCCAAACCGUCCAUCACAGCCGAGUCUGAAAUCCCAGAAAACCUCCUGCACCUCUCUCACUCCUUCGGUUACGACAGCAGCCGCAGAUCAAAUCUGAAGCUUCUGGAUGACAGAACUCUCAUGUUCGUAGCAGGAAACCUUCUGGUUCUUCUGGAUGUUUCCACCGAGGAGCAGAAAUAUCUGAGAUCCUGCAGCGGAGGAGGAAUCGGCUGCAUCGCGGUACACCCAAGCAGGAAGUACUUUGCCGUCGCAGAGAAAGGAAACCAGCCCAACAUCAUUGUGUAUGAAUAUCCUUCACUAAAACCGUACCGAAUCCUCAGAGGGGGCACAGAGCUCGAGUACAGCUUCGUGGACUUUAACCGUGACGGCGGCCUGCUGGCCAGCGUUGGAGGUUCACCCGACUACAUGCUGACACUGUGGGAGUGGAAACAGGAGGAGGUGAUGCUGAGCUGCAAAGCCGUUUCUCAGGACGUCUACAGAGUCGGCUUCUCUCCGUAUAACAAAGGACUGCUCACAUCCUCAGGAUCCGCACACAUCAAGUUCUGGAAAAUGGCUACCACAUUCACGGGUCUGAAGCUGCAAGGGGUUAUGGGGCAUUUUGGGAAAACUGUGGCAACAGACAUCGAGGGUUUCGUGGAGCUUCCUGAUGGAAAGGUGGUGUCCGGCACCGACUGGGGGAACCUGCUGCUGUGGGAUGGAAACACCAUCAAGGUGGAGAUUUGCUGUAAAGAUGGACGGAGCUGCCACACCGGGACGGUUCAGCCGUUCGCUUUGGAGGACGGACAGCUGAUGACGUUUGGUUCUGAUGGAGUGAUCCGGGGCUGGGACUUUGAGAAGAUCAACUCAGCCGACGGUAACGGCGCCAGCAGCAGGAUGGAGGUGGAGCCGACCAAUGAGAUGGUGGUCGGUCACAACGUCUGUCUGUCCUCGAUGGUCAGAAGCUCCACAACCGACUCCUUCAUCUGGUUCGCUCAGGAUUCCAGUGGAGCCAUCUGGAAACUGGACCUUUCAUUCACCAACACAAGUUCUGAUCCAGAGUGUCUGUUCUCCUUCCACUCCGGGUCGAUCCAAGGCCUGGAUGUGUCCAAGAAAUCCCACCUGAUGGCUACAACCACCCUGGACCGUUCAGUCAGAGUUUUUGACUUUGUGGCCAAAAGAGAAGUGACCAGCAGUCGCUUCAACCAGGGAGGAACUGCUCUCCGCUGGGCUCCACCGCUGGUGAACCAGACUGGAGGUUUACUGGCAGCAGGUUUUGAGGAUGGAGUGGUUCGAUUGCUGGAGCUCUACGCCGCUCAGAGGCUUCAUAUCACUGAAAGAAACCCCGAAGGAGAGUCCAAGCUGCGCCUCAAACAGGCCUUCAAACCCCACAAUGCUCCUGUAACCGCCGUCGCCUACGAGCGAAACGGAGAAAUCCUCGCCACCGGGAGUUCAGACUCCACCGUGUUCUUCUUCACCGUCGGAGGUAAAUACAACCCCAUCGGUUUCAUCCAUGUUCCGGGGCCGGUACAGGCGCUGGAGUGGUCGCCUCAUUCCCAUAGUGACAACCAGUUGCUGGUUUUGUGUCAGAACGGCCACGUAGUCGAAGUCCACAGUCCUGAUCCAGACACCCGGAAACCCCCAGAAACCUUCCAGCUGGUGGAUUUACCCAGAAGAUCCUUCAGGUUCAAGAGCAUCAAAUCCAGAAUCAAGAGAGAAGAGGAAAUCGCAAGACGUCAAGCUGUGAAGAAGAAACGGAGCGAAGAGAGACUGAAAGAACUGAAUCAGCAGGAAACAGAACAAGAGGAAGAAAAAGAUGAAGAAGAAGAAGAGGAGGAGGAGGAGGAGGAGGAGGAGGAGGAACUUCCACCCAUCUACAUCCCAGAUCCUCCAAGUCCUCUCUACUGUGGUUUCUAUUCACAGCCUGGGCAGUUCUGGCUCUCCAUGGGAGGCUUUGAUUCUGGUUAUCUGUACCACUGUAGGUUCUCUGAGAAUCAGGAUGAAGAUCCGAACCAGCGGCAGGAUGAACCUUUCGACUUCCUGUCCGUUCACAACGCAGACGACGACCCGAUUCGCUCCGUCACCUUCAGCUCCAACAGGCAGCUGCUGCUCUGUGGGAUGCAUUCAGGCUCCAUCAGGGUUUAUCCUCUGCAGCCGGGCGACCUCAGCCUCUCCUCCAUGGACGCCUGCUGGGCUCUGAGCGUCCACGACAACCACUACGGUCACCUGAGACACCUCCGCUGCAGCCACGACGACCUGUUCGUCCUGACGGCCGGAGACGACGGAAACAUCUUCUCCUUCAGCCUGCUGCCUCCAGAGGAGCUGCAGAGAAAGCUGCAGAGGAAGACGGCCAAAGUUCCUUCACCCAGGAUGGGUGUUGAAAAUGAGACACUAGCUCCAGAUAUUGAGGAUCCAGCAGCCUACAGCAUUGAGACAGCGAAACAGAAGCUGGAAAACGACCGUCUGCGUCGGGAGGCCGAGCUAAAGAUCGCAGAGAAGCAGAAGAAGUUUGCCGAGCUGCAGAAGAAGUUUAUACAAGUUCUGGACGACAACCAGAGUCUGCCGGAGCACGUUCGCCUGAAACCAGAGGAGCUGCAGCUGGACCGGCGUUUCUACGAACAGGCCGAGAGGCUGAAGGCUCAGCGGGCGAUGGAGGUCAGGAAGCAGUUUUCCUGGGAGCAGGAACACUGCAGCAUCGCACUCAGAAAACUGCAAAACCGGUUCAGAGAGUCUCUGCAGGUCACUGUAGUCGCCAUCCGAUCCGACCACAGAAUCUCCACCUACCGGCUGCCGACGUUCACUGAAACUUUAUCUCAUCAGAGUUCACCACGUCGACCUCACGGAGAAAGAGACGCUGCACCAGAACAUAGGAAAUCUAAAGCAGAACCUGCAAAAGACAGCAGCAGAAUAGAAGACGAGGAGGUGAUUCGGCCUCCGGUGGCUCGAACUGCGAGGAUGAAGCUGGGAGAUCGGCAGGAGGAGAGGCUCAGAAAGGCUGCAGAGAAAGCUGAACAAGCUCGAGCCAGAAUAGAGAAGAGGAAGCAGGAGUGGGAUCAGAUCUAUGCAGAGAAGCCAGACAAGGACUAUGAAGAUCCACGGGAUGUUCAGGCCAUCAGAGAAGCUCAGGAGAACAUCGGGGAUGUGAUGGUGGUGAAACAACCGAGAAUAAACACCGAGAGGAAGAAAGAGGAGCUGGUCGCCUUGGAGGAAAAUAUCCGUGAAAAGCAGCUGGAGAUGAACAAACAGAUAUUGGCGUUACGGGACUCCAAGGUUCUCCUGGUGUCUCGGCUGGAAGCUCAGAUGCAGCAGCUGCAGAAAGUCCAGCAGCGUCUGGAGGUUCAUCUCCACCGACCUCCACCCAUCCUGCCAAAACUAUCACCAGAGGAAACCCCAGAGGAGAAGCUCCACUGCAGCCGAGCCACGCUGGAGAAAUACCGGAUGCUGAAGGAGCAAAGCUACGGAGGAUUCAGACCAAAGUUGAAGAGCAUGGAACAGGAGGAUCAGGAUGGAGCUGUGAGUCUGUUGGAGCAGCUGGAGAAAGAAAUGAAGGAGGAGGAAGUAGAAGAAAAAGAGACACGAGAAGAAGACAUGAGUCUGUCACCUUUGGCUGAAACCGAAGAAGAAGAAGCUGUGAAUGAAGAUCUGAGUGAGCUGGAGGAGGAUCUGCAGAAGGAGGAGGAGAUCCGACUGCUGCAUGAGCAGAGCUCUCUGCUGGAGCAGAUGGAGAGAUCGGUUUGUGAGUUUGACUCUGAUCUCCAGUUGCUGCGUCACCAGAAGCAGCGUCUGGACUGUCGGCUGAAGUUGGCCGACCUCCGGCUGCUGACGCUCUUCCAGGAGAUGAUGCUCCUCAAGCAGUUUGAGAAGAGGGAUGGAAGUCUGCAGGAGAAACUCGAUGGAUAUGUGAAGGAGGAGAGCAGCAUCACGUCUAAGCUGCAGCAGUGUAACAAACAGCUGGAGGAGAAGAAGAGAGACAUAUUGAAGCUGCAAGAGAAAGAAAAGUCUCUGACUGCUGCCUUUCAGGCCUCGCUGGGGGAAAACAACAAGUUCGAAGAGUUUCUGACCAAAGUCUUCAAGAAGAAGGUCAAACGGGGGAAGAAGAACGAUCAGACAGGAAGUGAAGAAGAAGUGCAGGACAGGGAUGAAGACUCAGAUGAAGGCGAUGACUGGGAUGAUGAUUAUGACAGCGACGCUGAGGAAGCUGCUCUGGACGACAGGGUUUGUCCUGCAGGCUGUGAGCCAGAGUUGUUUGAGAACACGUUGCAGCUUCGUAAGCGUCGACUUGACAUAGAGGAACUUCUGGUGGAGGAGAAAAAGAUCGCAGAGGCUCUGAAGGGGGAGCGCGACACUUUGAUCAAGAAGGAGAAGUCAGUGAAGAGCAGUCGGACGGCGGUGGAUGACGACUUGGAGAUAAUCAACAAGGAGAAGCUGCAGAAAAUGAACGAACUGGAUGUGGUGGUUCCUCUCAGACUGCACCAGAUUGAGUUUGUCACUAAGGCCUGGAUACCGUCAGAUCUGAGUGAAGCAUUGGUGCUGGACAAGGCAGAAAUGAACAGGCUGCAGGAACGAAUCCAGGAGCUGCAGGCGGAUAAAAUCCAUCAGAAAGAGCUUUACCGUCAGGCUUGUCAACAGCAAGCCAAGCUCAUCCACGACCGCAAGGACAUGGCCGCCAAGAUCCAGAUGCUGGGGAAGCAGUGCAACGAGCUGAUGAUGACAAAGUUCGGGAAGCUGGUGGAUCUGGAGGCUCUGCAGAUGCUGUCGGGAAACAGGAGGCUGGAGGAACUGAAGCACGAAAAACUCCUCAAAGAAGCCGAAUACGCCAAAGAGAUCCAACAGUGGGAUGUGAAGGUGGAAGAGGCCCGUCAGAACCUGAUGGAGGUGACCAGGUGUAACACAGAACAGCUCCAAAAAGUGACGAGUCUCUUUGAACAGAAGAAGGAGCUGGAGCUUAAACUCAACGCCAGGCAGAAGAAAAUGGGCAAGCAGCAGUUCCAGAACCACAAGAGACACGGGGACCAGGAGGACAUCCAGAGGCUCCAGGAGCUGGUAAAAACACAAUCACAGCAGGCCCAGGCCCUCAGGAGAGAGAUCAGCCUCCUGUCUUGCAAAGGAGGCCACGUCUUGCCCCCAGACCAAACCCAACUGCCCCCUCUCGCCCCUCUACCCACCCCCAUGGGCAGCAUCCGCACUGGGAACCAGGGACCACACAAACAGCUUAAAGCACAACACUCAGCCAGCAGACAGGGAGCUAAUUAACUGUGGACCGAGGCAUGAGGAAUGCACAUACUUAUAUCAUGAAUGCUCAAUAAUAUCACUUGUUUUAGAAUCACCACUUGACUUUUUUGCAUCACCGUUCUCGGCUAAUUGGCAGAAUUGUAAAAGGGAUCUUGAAAUCAGAUCGGUGUAACUGUAAAGAGAUUUGAUUGGACACACAAUCAAAAUCAUGAAAUGUACUGUUUUUCCUCGAGAUGCAUACAGUUAUUUUGUGUUUUCCUUCUAAGAAUCACUGUAGUUGGUGAAUGAAAUGUUCAAAGAACGUGUUUUCCUGGACACAUACAAAGAUCAUACAUGAACCCAAAACAACCGUGAAGAAAAAAUGACAGAUUGAUUUUUUUGCUCUCUGUCCCACCGGACUGUGGCUUCAUCACCACUUCACUUGCUCCCUCGUAGAAACCCCACAGUGACUUCCAGGCUUGAACACUUGACAAUAUUGGGAAAGAGUGCAGACAGAUCUUCUUAUUACCCUGAAGAAACACGCCAUGUUAAGAGAUUUAAUGGGGAAACUUGAACACAAGAUCUCAAUCUACAUGAGCUGGUCAGUGAGAUACCAGACUUGGACAUGUGGCCUGUGAUUUCUGCACUGGAAUAAAUGUAUUCCCGGUCUCA